GCGGAGCGGGACGUGACCACGCGCUUCGCCGAGUCGCUCCGGGCUGCUGGCAUCGAGGUGCCCUCCAUCGGGGUCGGCUCGACGCCCACCUGCAGCGUGCCUCCGCCGCACCUCGCUGGCGUGGACGAGUGGCACCCGGGCAACUUCUUUGCGGGUGCCGAAGCGCGUCGUCGGCCAGUUUACUCCGAGAACGAGCCACCACCUUUCCGCUGGUUGCUCAACCAGGUGCUCACGCGCGUCGUCGGCCACUACCCAAAAUCCAACACGCUGCUGAUUGACUGCGGCUGGACCGGCGCGAGCGCGCAGGGCAAGGAGAGCGGCACGGCUGCGUGCCGCGAUCUCGGGCAAUCUCGGGAGAGCGGGUACGGCUGCUUCCCGCUCAACCCGGAGCUGCGCAUCGCCAACCUCAAGCAGGAGUGCGGCGAGGUGACCUCGGUCGACGGCGCGCCGCUCGACUUUCGCCGCUACCCGAUCGGCGCGCUGCUGAGGAUCGCGCCGCACCACUCGUGCGCGAGCACGCACCAGCACCGCAGCGUCAACGUGCUUGGCGCGGAUGGUGACACCGUCGUCGAGGAGUGGAAGAUCUGCAAGGGUUGGUGA